CGCCCCGCUAAAAGACCAGAUUUCUGCUUUGCGUCUAGUAAAGUAUGUUCUGGUGUUGAUUACGAAAUGACAACAUCAAGAGCCUCUGGGCCCACACACACGCUGCGCCACCUUACGGAUUCAGUAAAUCCUUUACGACCAAACCUAACGACUCUACUAUAUAUAAGUAUCUGAUGAGAACAUUGCCUGCCAUAUAUAGCCACUAAUUAAACAAGCAGUACUGUAGCGACUUCCACUUCACGGCUUGUUUGUCUUUCCAUCUGUUCGAGGUCAGCCCGCCCUAGGCUGGGCAUGAGGCUUGUUCCUCCGUCACCCUUUUUAACCUCCCCCACAUGGCUUGGAGUGAGAAAUAUAUGUCAUGCGUCUAUAUUCUCUCCAACCUUUCCACUCUCCAGCAGUCCUGGACUUCAUACUAGAACUUUCUAAGAGCGCCUGAGGCAAUACUUUCAAACUAAUGCCCUCACACCACAACCACAAAACCUUCCUCAUCGGAUAUAAAGGCAGCAGAAGAAUCGUAAACGACUACAGGGUUCUAUAGAUCCACAGGCACUUUGUGAAGCAGAAAGCACUUCAAACCCUUGCCCGACGCAUUCUAGAAUGAGGUCAAUUUUCCAUGCAGAAUGUCGGAGGAAGGUUUCAGAGAUAAAUGCAAUAACAAGUCAAUCGCUAACAAUCAGAUUCGCGCGGAUGCGGUGUAUACCACAUACGCUUUCUAAUUACGAUGGAGAAGGGCACUCAGGCGGGCGAUAGAGAGAGACUGUUAGUCGAAGACACAAAGCGCGUUGACGGAAGGCCUUGCUAGGAGAAUUUGAAGACAUACUCGGUUGAACAAGCCUCUAUGUAACAAAGACGGGUAUCUGAGUCGUUCAGCCUGAUGCAUCUGACCUACAAAGACCAGGUCCUUGUCGCUACAGUAACAUGAGUCUCCACACCAAAGUUCUGAAGGUUUUAUCUCCAAGAUCACAGUUGCGCACUGUCGACGCAUGGGUACACCUCGCUCUACAACAGCCUGAACGAUUCCCAGACGGAAUAUGUCGACCAGUUGCUGAAUCGUCUUCGUGCUUGCUACAUGCUCUACGGGAAUAUAAUUUUCCCGUCUCUCGGCAACGUUCUCUAUCAGUCUUAAGCUGUUGCAGCUCAAAAUUCAAAUGGAGCGAUUAUAUAUUCUCCUCGUUGACAGCAGUUUCAAGAUCAAACUCAAGCGCAUCUACGGACAUAUUCAACUGACUCAUUAGAUUCACAAACCUGGAGCGGAAGCGGUAAGCAAUUCAAAGACAUGUCACAAGGUGCAAUGUCAACUUCGCAAUGUAUAAUAUUGUCAGCUGAGAGUAGUAUCAUACCAUGGUGUCAAUAUCUCGGUCACAUAAGUUACUUGAUCGUGAAGCUGCAACUCCGAAUUAGUUCCCGCAACGAAAGGUUGCCACUUGGCCUGAAACAGCGUAACAUAGUUGAAUAGGAUGAAUUAUCAUUCCUUCACCUUGGCAUACGAAUAUCAUCAAUUUUACAAUCUGCAAGAACAC